UUUAUCAAGAGCAAAGUUCCCUUAAUUCAAAUAGACAGCUCACAGCUGUAUAUAUCAAGGAUUGUAAUUAGCUUUGCCAGAUCACUGGAUAUCUGACACGUCAUUAUAUUGCUUCCAAUUUUUCUGAAAUUUCCUUAUUAGAAAAUCCAAAGUUAUGGAAAUUUCUAUUCCUAAAACAUAACUCAGAACUCUAUAAAUACAACUCUAGCAAAACGUUAUCCCUACUCACUCGUAUACAUUGAAAUAUUCAAUUUGCACUAAGAUUUAAUUUGAAUUUUUUGCACUAAGAUUUUAAGUUGAAUUCUUGCAUGAUGGAAUCAAGAUCAGAAGUAUUUCAGAUGGAGCACCAACCUUUCGGAAAAUUAACCCGGGUUUUGAUUAUCGACGGUGGUGGAGUUCGAGGGAUAAUCCUCGGAGUUAUCCUCGAAUUUCUCGAGUCACAACUUCAGAAAUUGGAUGGUGAAGAUGCUCGAGUUGCGGAUUACUUUGACGUAAUAGCGGGCCCAAGCAGAGGACUGAAAAGAAUCGGCCGUUGUUCGAUGCCAAAUGAAGAAGGUCGAUUUCUAGUAUUGUUUCUAGGAACUGGUUCGACACAAGUUCGUAAGUACGACGCCAAGAAAGCAUCAAAGUGGAGUAUUCUGAGAUGGUUGAAAAAUCGUAUAACGAACCCCUUGUUGGAUUUAGUUUCUCGAACUAUACAAGACAUCAAUAAAAACUACGAUUCCAUUAUUGUUGGCGCCCUUCACUCUAGUGGAAAUUUUCUAAGAAUCCAGGUAUUAGACGAGAAUUUAGUUGGUGUAACAAAGAAGAAUCUGAAGAAUCUCGUCAAAGUUGGAGAGGAGUUACUGAAAAAGCCAAUUUCAAGAUUCGAUUUCCGUACUGGAGAAUAUGGUCCAUCUAGUGAUCAAGGAACAAACGAGGAGGCGCUUAUUCGGUUAGCGGCAAUACUUUCCAAAGAGAAACGGCUACGUACGUCGGGAUUUCGGUAG